AUGGGCCAGCGGAAUCGCGGCCAGCUCAACCGAGCUCGCCUCGUUGCUAGCAUCGCUGCCACGGUCCUCUCCCUAGCCUGUGGCACCAACUACGUCUACUCGGCAUGGGCACCGCAGUUCGCCGAGCGCCUCAAGCUCUCGGCCACGCAGAGCAACCUCGUCGGCCUUUUUGGCAACCUCGGCAUGUACACACUCGGCGUCCCCGUCGGAAUCGGCGUCGACCACCGCGGGCCUCGCCCCUUCGUCCUCGCCGGCGCCGUCCUUCUCGGCGCCGGCUACUUUCCCCUGCACCAGGCCUAUGACCGCGCCGCCGGCUCCGUCCCCCUUCUCUGCUUCUUCUCCUUUCUCACCGGCCUCGGCAGCUGCAUGGCCUUCGCCGCCGCCGUCAAGACGUCGGCCCUCAACUGGCCUCACCACCGCGGCACCGCCACUGCAUUUCCCCUGGCCGCCUUCGGCCUCAGCGCCUUCUUUUUCUCCUCCCUCGGUGCCAUUCUCUUUCCCGGCGACCCCAGCGCCUUCUUGGAGCUACUGUCCUGGGGCACCUUCGGCUUGACCUUCGCCGCCUUCUUCUUCCUCAAGGUGUAUCCUCACCCCUCAGUCUACCAUGCCAUCCCCGGCGCCGAGACGCACCGCUCUUCCGUCGGGUCUGCUGGUACUCAGCGACUGCGCCGCACUUCUUCGGCCGAAGCCAAGGCGCACACGUCUGCGUCGUCGGCUCUCCGGCCUGCUGUGGAUCCCGGUACGUCGCCCAAUGCCGACGCCAGCCCGGCCAACUCGUCGGACCACCCCCGGCCUUCGCCCGGCCCCCAACUUGGGACGCCAGCACCGCCAGAGGAAGACGUUGAGGAGCAGUCCGCCGUGGUAGACGAAACUUCGUCGCUGGUGUCUUCCUGCUCCUCAGCCGCCGUCGAAAACGUUGUGGCAAGUAGUGUUGAUAUGGAUCGGUCUCACCGAAUAGACAUCCGCGGCCUCGCCCUCUUGACCUCGCGGACUUUCUGGCUGCUCUUCUCCAUCAUGUCCAUCCUCGCGGGCCUCGGCCUCAUGACAAUCAAUAACAUCGGCAAUGAUGUCAAUGCCUUGUGGAAGCACUACGAUGACUCUGUCGGGCAAGACUUUCUUGUUCACCGCCAGCAGAUGCAUGUGUCGAUAUUGUCUGUUUGUAGCUUUGUCGGCAGGCUCCUAAGCGGCGUCGGAUCUGAUUUCCUUGUCAAGUCGUUGGGCGCCAGUCGCCUCUGGUGCCUCUUCAUUGCCUGCCUUGUCUUUCUGACAGCUCAGGUGUCAGCUCUGAGCAUCCGAAACCCGCACCUUCUUGGCCUUGUCUCGGGCCUCUCCGGCAUGGGGUAUGGUUUCCUCUUCGGCGUCUUCCCCUCCCUCGUCGCCGAAGCCUUUGGCAUCCAUGGAUUGAGUCAGAACUGGGGCUUCAUGACUCUUGCGCCGGUCAUUUCGUCCAACAUCUUCAACCUUUUCUACGGCACCAUAUAUGACAAACACAGUGUCAUUGGCCCUGGCGGCGAACGGCUAUGCCAUGAUGGCCUGGACUGCUACCGAGCAGCAUACUGGGUCACGUUUGCUGCCGGCUGCGCUGGGCUGGUCAUUACACUCGAGACAAUUCGCCACGAACGGGCUGUGCUUGCCCGAGAACUUCGUGGCCAUGACUGA